AUGAAAGUCGUGGAAGACCCAAGUAAGCUGGAGGAUAUUUCAUCGAGGUACUCGCACAUCUUCCGAAGGAAGACCUCCUGGGAGCUAGUCCUCCUUAGUGGUGCCGUGUGCGGGAUCGAGUUCUGUUACGCUGCCGAAACCGCAUUCAUCGGCCCGAUCCUCCUGGAGCUCGGCCUGCCCAUCUCCGCUUUCGCCCUGACCAUGUGCCUGAGUCCCUUACUGGGGUUCUUUGUCACUCCGCUCCUGGGCUCUCUCAGCGACACCUGCAAAUGGCGCAUCGGGCGCCGACGUCCUUUCAUCAUCCUGCUCUCCGUCGGAAUGUUCGCCGGACUGCUGCUCGUUCCGAACGGGAAGAAAUUCGGCAUCGCCCUCGGCGACUCGUACAUACCCCGCAACUUGAGCCUGACCGACGAAGGAGGUAGUGUCCAGCCGGCAAACUGGGGCAUCGCCUUUACCGUUGUCGGGUUCGUGCUUCUGGACAUGUGCUGUGACGCCUGCCAGUCUCCGUCCAGGAGCUACGUCCUCGACGUCACCAUUGCGACAGAUCACGCGAGGGCCCUGACCACGUUCACGGUGCUUUCCGGUCUUGGCGGCUGCAUGGGCUACGUCUUGGGUGGUAUCAACUGGGAACAAACCGCUUUGGGAGCGAGCAUGGGAGGUCAUGUCAGAACCGUGUUCGCCAUUGUCGCUGUGAUGUUCAUUAUCUGCGUCCUUGGCACCUUGACCAGUUUCAGGGAGAUGCCGUUGCACAUUGCGAAGCAAGCGGAAGCUGCGGGCUUUUUCGAGGGUCAAGGCGGCCACUAUAAAGGAUUCAAGGACGAUGAUUUUGAUGGUGAGAGUGUUGAGCUGACGAAGUUGAGGCCGAGUGCCAAGCUCGAACAGUCGGAAGUCUCAGGCCCGACACUAAAAAGCUACCUCAGGUCUAUCGUUUUUAUGCCCAAAUCGUUGCGGAUCUUGUGCAUAACCAACCUUUUUUCUUGGAUGUCGCUCGUGAGCUUCUCUUUGUUCCUCACCGAGUUUGUCGGUGCCGUCGUGUACGAGGGUGACCCCGUGGCACCCAAAGAGUCAGCGGCUUUCAAACUGUACCAGGAAGGCGUGCGGCUCGGAUGCUUCGGCCUCGCCAUGUACUCCGUGUCCUGCGCCUCCUACUCACUCUUCAUCGAGCGACUUGUGCGCCGGUUCGGCGCCAAGCGGGUGUACGUGUGUGGCCAGCUGGCGUACACCGUCGGGGUGGCGCUCAUGGCCCUGAGUCGCACCAGGGCUGCCGUGCUGCUGCUGUCGCCCACCGCGGGCCUCAUGUACGCCACCCAGUUCACCAUGCCCUUCAUCCUGGUGGCGCACUACCAUUGCUCGCACAUGCUGGAACAGUCGGCGGACUGGUCUCAUCGUGGCCUUGGCACGGACGUGGCCAUCGUGAGCAGCAUGAUGUUCCCGGCACAGCUGCUCCUCUCCCUGUGCGCGGGGCCACUGGUGGGCCUGGCAGGAGGCUCGGCCACGGCCAUCAUGUGCGGUGCGGCCGUGCUUAGCGCCUGCGGGGCUCUUUCGGCCACCUGGGUCACCUACCAUAACCUCUGAUUGAACUGACUCCGUCCGUGGUGCGACCAUUGCGCCGGGCUUCACCAGUGACAGGGACGCUGACCCGCUUCAAAAUGCUUUUGAACCCUUCACUACUCGUGGUUGUGAACUGCUAUUAGUACCACGUAAAUGAUCGCCGAAUUCAACAACUUCGCUGGCACCAGAAACCUGAUCCAAGCGUGAGGCUACGGCCCCCGAGGGUAUUUCGUGAAUUCCUAGCUGCAGACUUACGAUAACUGCGGUAUAGGGUAGAGUGCCUCUACAUUGUUUGUUGUCUUACAGCUCAGGAUUAUGCUUGCUGAGUCAUCUGCCAAGGCGGCCACCAUAUUGGCUCUAAACUUUUGUCCAACUCUUCGUCUCUGUGGUGACGUUAUGAAAGGCUACGAAUAUGGCGAUGUGGGUAUCUUGUCAUUUUCUCAAGUAGCGCUGCGUCCGCAGUUGCCUUUGAUGCUCACAAAUCGUAGUAAAUAAUAAUGCAGUUGCUCGUGGCUUUACUGCAAACGAAAGUCGAGCACGUAUUUCAAGCUGUACUCUCUCUGCACCAGCUGUAGGUGUCCUUUGGCUUUGGCGUGCGUUCACCGACUCUUGGUCUGGUUAGGUAGGGUGACCAGACGUCCCGUUUUGGCUGGGACAGUCCCAUGUUUGAGGUCCGCUUCUGCCGUCCCGUCUUUUGGUACCAAUAAAGAAUCGCGUCCCGUUUUCGCAGGAGUGCAUAGUUUCGAGAUUGGCACCAAGCGAGUCGAAGCAAACCGAAACUACGCCUCCUCGUUACAAGUAUAUUUUACAAAAAAUAACCAAAGGUACUUUAAUAUAUGAGUUAAGCUAUACGCACGAGCACGCGCACGUGCACCUCGACCGGAAAUGGAUAAACGCACGACGCGAAACUUGGUUGGUCUCGUAUAAAACGAAUGGUUUCAAAAAACUACAGUUUGCAAUAAAAAAAAAAUUAAAAAAGGUAUCGUAGCCUAGUGGAAAGGUGCCUGCUUCACACGCACCGGACCCAGGUUCAAUCCACAGAGUGUGCUUACUUUUUAUUUUUUUCGCGAACAUUUUGGCAACAUUGUUGUUGACGAAAUUUCGCUGAACUAUAGUAUGGGACUCCCUUUCAGUAUGAUAACGCUCCAUAGCGAUAUUGGCAAAGCUGAUUCAGAAUGACUUUUUCGAGGCUUUGAAUAUUUGGAAGGACCGAAAUGGCGAUUGCCAUGGCAACGAAUACCGAUCAUCCCAUAGCCAUGCGAAGUUUUGGUAGUCUGUAUGAUAGCAUCUGGUUGUGUCCUGCUAACAAGCACGGAAGGAAGGAAAGUGAUGUUUUGGCAAUUUCAAUUAGAAAAUGUGGCAGUCCCAUUUUCUGGGUAACUAGCGCCUUUCAGCACCAUGUGUUCGAGGGCUCCGAUGGCCGCCACUGAUAAAUGAAAAUUUCUGAAAAUCGCUUAUAACAUUUUAAUAAGAUAGCGAUUAAUUAUCUCUGAAAUUUCGGCAUCUUGUUUGGACCGUUAGCACUGUAUUUGGGUGGAGAACGAGCGUUCAGCGAUGCGUCGUUUAUUUUUGCGCUAAAAAACAAACAAACAAAACAACCUUGUAAUU